AUGGAUGAUCCCACCACCACCGCCCCGGACAAACCAGCUAAGCCCAAAUUUCCCGGACAGAUCUACGCCGCCGACGCCAACCUCAUCGUCUCCCUCCUGGACAUCCACGUCGCCCCGCCAGCAGCAGACGGCGACCCGAACAACCCCCCUCCGCUGGAAAUCCUUGAAUCCGGCACCGGCCACGGCUCCCUCACCCUCCACCUGGCGCGCGCAAUCCAAGCCGCAAACCCGACUCCUCCGCCUCUCCCGACCCGCUCGCAGAUCCAGUACCUCCAGAACCGGCCCAUCCGGCCGGACGAAGCAGAAGACCCCAUCUCCAGCGGCACAAAACAAGAUCCCCCGUCUGCGCAGCACCACCCCACGGCUCCAGACACCAGAGACUCCGUACAGCAGACCUGGGACGCCUGGCGCGCCCAGCGCCGAGCCGUCAUCCACACCGUCGACGUAUCGCCCAAGUUCUCCGCACACGCGGAGAAGAUCGUGCGCGGGUUCCGCCGCGGCCUCUACGCCGGGAACGUGGAUUUCUACGUCGGCCACGUCGAGAACUGGAUCGCGCAGCAGACGGCCGCCCGAAAGCCCUCCCCUUCCACCUCCCUUCUCUCUCUGAAACCAAAGGCCGACGCUGUCGCCCCGUUCCUCUCCUAUGCCAUCCUGGAUAUGCCUUCGGCGCAUCUGCGCAUCCCGCACGUCGCCCCCAUCCUCAAACGCGACGGCGUCCUGGCCGUGUUCAUGCCGAGCAUCACGCAGAUCGGCGACUGCGUCGACCUCAUCCGUCGGCAGGCUCUGCCGUUCACCCUAGAAAAGGUCGUCGAGCUUGGCGCUGGCAUCAGCAGCGGGCGGCUGUGGGAUGUGCGGUUCGCCGUGAAGAAAUCCCGCGCGGAUCCGUCGUCGUGGUCAGAGACGUCGGACAGCGAGCAGAGUGCCGCUGACAGCGACACGGGUGAAGUCGCCCCGGCCCCCGAGGAGGCUCCCAAGGGAGACGAUAGUGUUUUGGUCUGUCGCCCGAAAGUCGGCUCCCGUAUUGUGGGCGGCGGGUUUGUCGGGAUUUGGAGACGCAUUGAGGAUUCUCCGAGGCGCUGA